AUGACUGGCUCAAUCAUUACGUCUCCGGCGCCGUACCACAUCCUUGCCUACGGCACGCUUGUUGGCACCUCAUUCUUCCACACCUUUGUCAACAGCCCAAUAUUGUUCACCAACACGGAGCGGCCUGUCUUCUCUGUCAUUCAGACCAAGAUUUUCCCCAUCUACUUUGGCCUGCAGACCGCGCUUCCCGCGAUCCUGGCGCUAACAUUCCCCGGAAGCACUCUUCUCGCUGCGCCCAAUGGCUUCUCUACGCUGCUCCACGAGUCCAACCGGUGGGGAUCGCUUGUCCCCAUUGCCACCAUGUUUGUCUCGGGCGUGCUCAACAUGGUCGUGUUGCUGCCAGCGUCCAGAGCGGUCAUGAAGCAGCGCCAAGGACAAGGUCCGUACACCCUCGAAGAUGACAUCGGCGAGUUUGCUAACCAUGCUGUAGCCAAACGCGACGGCAAGCAGUGGUACGACGAAGGCCCCCACUCGGACGAGAUGCGGGCACUCAGCAAGCGUUUCGGCAUGCUCCACGGCAUUUCAUCUCUACUUAACCUUGCCGUGCUGAUUGGCUCUAUUACAUAUGGAUUCACGCUCGGUGCACGUCUAUGA